GCUCAUCAUAAAAACAUAACUCGUGUUUUUGUAUCAAACGUGUGUAAUGCAACCAUAUAGUAUUCCGUGCGCUUUUGCGCUGUCGAUCGCGAUCGCAUUGCUUUUGGGAGUUACCACGAACGGUAUCGAAAUAAGGCAUACUGACAACAGUGCAAAAAACAUCGAUGCUAGAAAACAAGUGAGCAAAAAUAACGUUAGUCCCGGUGAAAAUGACAAACAGUUUUGGAACAAUGUCGGAAACGAUCUUCUGCGGAAUAAAUUAAAUUUGGAACGGAAGUAUGGCCAAGCCAAGAACGUGAUUUUUUUCAUCGGUGACGGCAUGUCUAUAGCCACGUUGACCUCAGCCAGAAUUUACAUGGGACAGCAGGAAAACAACACAGGUGAAAAUGAGAUGUUAUCGUUUGAGAAGUUCCCGUAUACUGGUCUUUCGAAAACCUACUGCGUGGACAGCCAAGUUGCCGACUCAGCUUGCUCGGCCUCAGCGUACCUGACGGGCGUGAAGGGUAACAUCGAGACCAUCGGCGUGUCCGGCGCCGUGUCUAACCGGGACUGCCUGGCAAGCAACGAUCCCGCAAAUCAAGCGGUGUCCAGUAUGAUGUGGGCGCAAAAGGCGGGCAAGAGGACAGGCGUGGUGAGCAACAUGAGAGUGACGCACGCCACGCCGGCCGGCGCUUACGCAAACAUAGCGCAACGCGAUUGGGAGUGCGACCAUGACAUAAUCACUGACACAUUGGCCGAAAAGUUGUGCGCCACCGAAUCACUCGACAUCGCCCGUCAGCUGAUCGAGAAGGAAACGGGCAGAAACCUGAACGUAAUAAUGGGGGGUGGAAGACAAAAAUUUUUACCCAACACUAAUAAAGAUCAAAAAGGACAGAGACGAGAUGGCAAAGAUUUAAUUAAAGAAUGGUUGGAGAUAAAUCGCACUUAUGGCGCAAGUAGUGCCUAUAUUGCCGAUCGAUCACAAUUAAAGUCUCUGAAUACCAGCGAAACGGAUUAUCUUCUUGGUCUGUUUGCAACUAGCCACAUGUCUUACAAUCUUUUGGCCGACAAGCUUGUGGAACCUACACUUGUAGAAAUGACGGAAGCAGCCAUCAAGGUGUUGUCCAAGGGCAAUGCUGGUUAUUAUUUGUUUGUCGAGGGUGGACUCAUCGACUGGGCGCAUCACAGCAACUUAGCGCAUUUGGCGAUCGACGAAACGGUCAUGUUGUCGAAAGCUGUGGCGCGAGCUAGAGAGUUGACGUCUUCAGAUGACACGCUGAUCGUGGUCACGUCUGAUCACUCACAUACUAUGACUAUAAAUGGUUACCCAUAUCGUGGUAGCAAUAUUUUAGGACACCCGCAAAUUGCCUCUACUGAUAAUAUGCCAUAUUCGACGCUCAGUUACGCCAAUGGUCCAUCUGCUCGUGAACGGUACAACUUGACCGACGACAAUACAGACCAACCCACUUACCAAUUUCCGUCUAUGGUAAACUUGGCAAUGGAGACACAUGGUGGUGAAGACGUCGGAGUUUUUGCUUCCGGUCCAUGGGCUCAUCUAUUCGUUGGAAAUUACGAACAGAACUACAUACCGUACGCAAUAAGUUAUGCAGCUAAAAUGGGUCCUGGAGCUGAAUUUGAACGGAAACACGAGGAAAACGCCGAUUCAUCGAGUACGAAGAUUUCGGUCGGUUCAUCGUUUUUACAGUCUGUAUCGCUGACCACAUUCACGGCACUCAUUGCGCUCCUACUUCAGUAACCAUAAUAGUAUUACUUGAAUUAUUGUAUAAUAAUAAUCAAUGGUUUUGCGACUAAAACACUCGUCGCUGCCGUGACGUAUACGACUUAA